GCGGAGGGGGGAGCGGGGCGGGGUAUCUCUGUCCCCGCCACCGCCCCAGGCCGGCCGCAGAGAUUGAGGGGAGCUGCCGCCGCCGCUGCCGCCCACCUCGCCCGCGCCGCCAUGGGGGUGGAAGGCUGCACCAAGUGCAUCAAAUACCUCCUCUUCGUCUUCAACUUCAUCUUCUGGCUGGCUGGAGGCAUCAUCCUGGGAGUGGCCCUGUGGCUGCGGCAUGACUCGCAGACGACGAAUAUCCUCUACCUGCAGCUGGGGGACAAGCAGGCCCCCAACACCUUCUACGUCGGAAUCUACAUCCUGAUCGCGGUCGGAGCUGUCAUGAUGUUUGUGGGGUUCCUGGGAUGCUACGGCGCUAUUCAGGAGUCUCAGUGCCUUCUGGGAACGUUCUUCACUUGCCUGGUGAUCCUGUUUGCCUGUGAGGUUGCGGCUGGAAUUUGGGGAUUUGUCAACAAAGACCAAAUAGCCAAAGAUGUGAAGCAGUUCUACGAUCAAGCGUUUCAACAAGCGCUCAUGGCAGAACCGGAGAUGAACAAUGGGAAGGCUGUAGUGAAGACCUUUCAUGAAACGCUGGACUGCUGUGGUCCUGAUCAUGCAAUAGGAGUUAUCACUCCCCUGUGGAGAGACGACCUCUGCCCAAAGAAGGACUCCAUCCUGAAAAGCAUUGUUGAGACCACGAACUGCCACAAAAAAAUUGACGAGUUGUUCUCCGGGAAGCUGUACCUGAUUGGCAUCGCUGCCAUCGUGGUCGCCGUGAUCAUGAUCUUCGAAAUGAUCCUGAGCAUGGUGCUGUGCUGUGGCAUAAGGAACAGCUCCGUCUACUGAGCCGUGAGAGCCGGGGAGGGGAAGGGGGGAGCAGGGCGGAUGGCGCUAGAGAGGACCCCAAGUGCCACCAAGCAACCAGGAGACAUUUCAACAAAAGACAAAGAAAACUAUGUAUAUAAAUACUUCCAAUAUUACCAUACAGUACUUACCAUUUUUAUUUUGAAGUACUUUUUUUUUUUUUAAAUAAAUAAAAUUUUCCUGUAUCCUUGUGGCUGCGUUAGUUACACAUCAGUUUUGUGUGAUGGGGAAAGCUGCUGUCGCAGGAGAUCAAGUCCUUCCUCCCCCUUCCCCACCCCCUGUAACUCAGAAGUAACGUUGGUGGAAGAUGUACAGAGGAGAAGGCUGCAGCCUGUUAGCAGAAAACUUUGCCUUGGUUUUUACUCUCUUUUUCAACACCGACUUUUUUUAUAUACGUAAUUGGAUGCUGAAGCAGGGUUUAGCGUUUUCGUUCAUUCGUACUCAUCUUUUCCUACCAUCACCCCAAGUCCCUGGCGUUUCCAAGCUGUCUGUAGGGAAGCCUGGCUGACUGCCCGAAGCCUGGGAGAGAGGAGAGGAAACAGCCCCCGUCGCCUGGGUGUGAUGUGUCCCGGGGGAGACGCCGGCGUGUUGUUCCUCUCUGACCUGUUUGCAGCGCUAGGUCAAUCCUUAACAGAAGUCAUGCUUAAAUUUUUUUAUUCUCUGAAGAGUGGGGACUCUCUUGUCUCUUUGUGGUUGUUUUUUUUUUUUUUCCUUGGGGCUAUGACUUUAUAAAUUGACUCAUUUCCAUUGAUUCGUUACAUUAAAGGAUCAGUGUCUGGGGCUGAAUUUAGUCCCAGUUUUUCAAAUGUAACAAACUGAAAAUUAAGCAAAUUUUUUAACCUCCUUCAAUGUUUCUUUAUAGACGUAUGUUUUUGGGAGAGUCUCGUUCUGUACUAAGUUUCCACUGUUAAGCUAAUGCUUGCAUACAAAUGACCUUGGAAAAAAGAAAAAUUUUUAAAAAAAGUCCUUAAUCUUAGAAAUCCUGCAUUUAUGUAUUGCAGGAUGGCACUUGGGGGUUCCCAGCCAUAUGCAUAUGUGUUUAAAAAUUUCAUCUUUGCAUUGCUCUCAAUGAAAUCUUUCUUAUAGCAUAUUGUCGCACACUGUAACAUUGCUGGGAAAUUGUCAUAACCUGAUUUUGUAAAAAAAAAAAAAAAAAAAAAAGAAAGAAAAAAAAAGAAAAAGUUUAUUUUCAAGACCUUACAUUUCCAGUUACAUCAACGGCAGGAGAUCAGCUUAUCAAAGCAAGGGAAUUCAACAUUUUAGAUCGCACCAGUUGAAACACUUUCUUGUGACCUGGUAAGAUUUGAUUGCCAAUUCGAUGUAUGUGGCUUCCAUUGUAUGCCACUUUGUUACCGUGUAGAUAGAGGGGGAGAGUGACCCAGGAGCUAUGUAAUAAAAUCAGAGUGUCUCUAAAAAGAUGAUCUAUAUGUAUAGUUCUAUAGAUAUAUAUUUUUAAGCAAAGCCUUUUCCUUAGCCGUACGGGCACUUGAGCUGGAAACGGUAGUAUCUCUCAGCUCUUUGCCACCUCGAAGUAGGUAAGGGGAGGAGUUGAAACUAGUGAUCACCUUCCCCACUUCAGGAAUUAUUUCCGUUUCUGAAAGUAUUUUGCUCUCCCCCUUCGUUGGAACAAAGAGCUCCAGAUUGGAUAGGGAGGGAGACCUGCAAUCAUUUUAAACUAUACCUUGUCCACUGCACGGGAUAGGAAAUUCCUGCACUGGGGCAAACUGAUCCAUUCAGAGGCUUUUCUCCCCUUCCACUCCCCCCUUUCCUCUUCCUGCCUUUUAGUAUAUAGGGCCUUUAAAAAGUAUAUAGGUAAAUAUAUACAUAUAUCUCAAGUUGUGCUGGGUAAGAGGAGGAAGUGCUUCAACAGAACUUCAGUUUGAGGGGUUGGACAAGAAAAGAUUCAGCCUUAGAAAUAGCCUUAAAGCAACACUGCCCUGAAUGUCCACGUUGUGCACAUUGAGAAUGAGAUGAAGUUUUGCAGUAGGUAAACCCUUCCCCUGCUCCCCAGUGUAGCUCCUUCAGGUCAUCUACUCUGUUAUGUGGCUAUAUGUAUAUGCAUCAACCAAGCAUGUGUGUUUACAUAUACGUGCAUUGGAAUCGUUAGCGUACAGAAUGGAUGUGUAACUUACCGCCUUUUUUGUUGACUGUUGAUAAAUGUGUAUAAAUAUGCCAUUAAGCAUUUCAAUUCUGUUUUCUUUCCUUAUACUGUAUUUUUGAUAUUGUUCAGUAUUCAGUUGAUGCUGUGUGUGUAGCUGGAGCUCUGUUUGAAGAUGGACUGGGUCUCAGUGCAGGUCAGAUGUGUCCUUGGACAUUGUAGCUUUAGGGGUCUGGGUUGUCCCAGGCAGGAGCAAUUGGGAGACAGUGGUACUCGGAGAGGGAGUCUGACAGCGGUGGGAGGAAGAAGAGCAGGAUCUUUGCUCAGACCGUGUGCCGCACAGGCUGCAAUUUGCUCUCUGGCUCAUUUCAGAGGUGGCUUGUCACUGCGGGGAGCUCCGGCGGACCACCUCCUGUCCCUGCGGCUGCUGUGGGAAAGGUGCUGCAGGAGAGGAGCAGCCAGGGGCUGGAAGGUCGUGGGAGGGGGCAGAAGAAGUUUUGCAGGGAGAGGGUAAUGCUUUCUUUAGAGUUACUAACCGGGAGUCCCCAUGUUCGAUGGCCACAGCAGGAGGGGUCAGCCCUGGGAGAAGAGGGACGGAGAGGAACCAUCAUGCUUAAGAAUGAUGAAGCAGCUGAGAAACCCUCACGGAAAAAACUACUCACUUAGGUCUCCUCUAGUCCAGCCUCCUGUGAAGCUGGACCUGAGUUAAAACAGAGGGGGAGCUGUGAAAGGCUGAGGGGACUCACCCUGUUGCAAGACUGGGCUCUUCUGCCAGUUGGUUGGUCCCAAAGCUGGCUGAGGUGAAGGGGAAAAACCCACUAGGUAGGACAGGACGCCUGCCCUGUCUCAGACCCGCUCCUGCAUACCUGCACGUUUGUGCAACAUGGGCCUGUCCUGCUCCCCUCCACACUCCCAAAAAACAAGCUAAGGAUGAAAUUGUGGGCUAUAGAUACAAACCCCUCCCUCUCCAGGGAAGCAUCCUCCUGGAGCUCCUGACAACUGAGAAAACGGCUGUGAGCUGAAGCGGGAAGGCGGAGAGGGGGAGGCUGGUGGGGAAGAGGAGAGUCGUCUGUACAGGUCUAAAUUCAAAGAGUGCAUCAAAAGGUCAAACAGAGCUGCUGACAGCUUAACUGAAUGCUUGGGAUUUUUUCAUACUGUGGAGCAUGCCACAAAGCAGUGUGUUUAACUUCUUUCUGCCUUUUUUUUUUUUAAAGAAAUGAAACAAAAAAUGAAUUUAAUAAACAUUUCUCAUAGUGUGCAUAGUGUGAUGAACCGCUGCCAUUUUACAACCAGUUAACCUUAACACCAGGACGCUUUGUGAACCAGGCUUCAACAGCAUGGGGGUUUCCAGCUUCUGGGAGGGGGGACUGCAGGCAGGCUGGGGAGGCAUCCAGAAUGGUGCUGAGGGAAGGCAAAAAUGUUGCUCGCCAGCAGCAGUGGCUGCUGCAGUUGUGUUCCCCCCCUCUCCCACCAAGGGACGGGGGGGCAUAGCUGUGGGGGAUUGCAAAAUAAGGGGGUUGCAGUGGCAGUACCACGCACGCUCAAGGGGCUUCUCCUGAAGUGACCGAAAAUGGCCCAAAAUGCCCUCUGCUGCCAUCCGGCUGGGGACUGGUCUGAUUUUUGUGGAUGGUCUGGUAAUGCCACUGCUGCUGCUACUGCCUGCCCCUCCGCACCAUCAGGGAGAGCCCGGCCGAGCAUGAGGGGGGAGGCCAGCGCUGUGAUCCCCAACUGCCUACCUUUCUCUGCCCUUUCUUGGACAUCUCGCUGUGUUUGAAGCACGGAUGUCCUGCGGUGGCCGCCAGCCAUUGCCUGUGCCGGUACGGAGAGGGAGGGAAUGCCGGGUGAGGGAGAGCGAUGUUCAGCUCCUGCAAAGAAAGGCUAGCCCUGCUCCCAGCGGCUGUGCCCGUGCUACGAGAUCAUGCCCAUCUGUUGUUCUGUCACUUGUUUACCUGAAUGUUAAUAGAGUCAGACAUAAUGACUUCUGGAAAGAAAAAAAGUUAUAUUCAAAAACAAUAAAAAAGAAACAAAGCAAA